AUGGGCCAUGAGGCCAUCGGCAUCGUCGAAGACGUUAGGCCUGAAGUCAAGAAUUUGAAAGUAGGAGAUCGAGUCAUUAUCUUGCCCGUAAUUGCGUGUGGGGAAUGCUUCUACUGCAAGCGCAAGGAGUUUUCUCUCUGUAAUCGAACGAACCCAUCUAAGGAAUUGGAACAAAUGUAUGGGCAUCGCCUCUCUAGUAUAUUUAGCUACUCUAUAAUCACUGGAGGCUAUCCAGGCAAUCAGGCAGAGUACUGCCGUGUUCCCAAUGCGGACCUCACCUGUGUUAAAGCGCCAAAAGAUAUCAACGCAAAAAAGCUAGUUGCUCUUGCCGAUGUGACACCUACAGCGUGGCAUGGCUGCGAGCUCGCAGAAGUGGGUCAAGGAGAUAUUGUUGGUGUUUGGGGCUGCGGUGCCGUCGGUCUCUCGAUCCAACAUUUAGCAAAGUUCCGAGGGGCCCGAAAAGUCUACGCACUCAACAAGGAUGUCAAUCGGCUCAAGAUUGCGGCAUCUUUUGGCAUAAUUCCCAUUAACGUAAAUAAACACACUGAUCCAGCAGAUUAUAUUUUAUCUAUUAAACCUCACGGCCUGGAUCGCGGUAUUAAAGCAAGUGGUUUCAGGAGUACGAACUCGGUCGCUCACUCAACAAUAAGAGGGCUGGGCUUCGAGGGCGAUAGUUCUGACACUGUCAGUGCAGUGAUCAAGGCAACCCAGAAGGGUGGAAAUAUUGCUUUAAUUGGCGACUUCUUCUUUACAACCAAUCUAUUCCCGAUCGGAAUGUUAAUGGAAAAAGCUAUUACUCUACGGGGUGGACAGCUUUACGCCGAGAAAAUAUUACACACUAACUGCCGUCGUCCCAAUUUCUAG